AUGGCACGGCCGGUUAAGAGGCAAGCAGCACAAGUAGCACAAGAUGACAUUAAGGAGGAACACUUUUUGGCUUUCAUUGUGAAGGACAAAUAUGAAAAAGAUGAUGAAUGCAAAACAGAACUCGAGAAAUAUUGUGAAGAGUUGAAGAAAGCAGAUGAAAAUCUAGAGAAAGUGGAUGAAAAAGUUAAAGAACUUUGUGAUGAAGCAAAACGAGACGAAAAAUGCAAAGACCUGAAAGCCAAAGUUGAAAAAGUAUUGAAAACUUUUGAAGAGGAACUUGAAACUGCAUCGAAUAAUAUAAAAGAUGAAGAAGAAUGUAAAAAACAUGAAGAAAAAUGUAUACUUUUAGAGGAAGCAGACCCAAAUACUCUUAAGGAGAACUGUGUCGAGUUGAGGGAGAAAUGUUACGAAUUGAAGCGUAAAAAGGUGGCAGAGGAGCUUCUUUUGAGGGCGCUCGGAAAGGAAGCUAAAAAUGAUGGUGAAUGUAAAGAAAAGAUAAAAAAUGUUUGCUCAGUGUUAAGCCGAGAAAGCGACGAGCUGAUGUUUUUCUGCCUUAAUUCUGCUAAAACAUGUGGAGAUCUGAAAACAAAAUUGGAUGAAGUUUGCAAGCCUUUUAAAAAAGAAUUGGAUGAGAAUAGUUUAGAAAGAGAUUGUCAUAAAAGACUUGAGAAAUGUCAUUUUUAUGGAAAAGCGUGUGAUGAUUCAAAGUGUGAAGAGGAUAAGAAAAAAUGCGAGGCAAAAGGAGUCAUAUAUAAAGCACCAGAAUCCGAUUUUAGUCCGGUCAAGCCGAAGCCGUCGUUGUUGAGAAGUAUUGGGUUGGAUGAUGUCUAUAAAAACGCGGAAAAACAUGGGAUUAUUAUUGGAAAAGCAGGAGUGGAUCUACCAAGGAAGUCGGGUACAAAAUUUCUGCAAGAUCUCUUGCUAGUGUUGAGCAGAGAUGAGAAUAAGAAGGAUGCAACAAGUAAAUGCAGUAAAGCGUUAGGAAAAUGCAAAGAUCUUAGUGACUUGGAUCAUAAUUUUAAAGAGUUAUGCAAAGAUGAAAAUACUAAAAACGAAAAAUGCAAAGAAUUACUAGAUGUAAAUGUAAAAGAAAGAUGUACAAAUCUCAAAUUAAAACUUUAUCUCAAAGGGUUGUCUACAGGAUAUGAAAAAGCUGAUUCAGAUCUUUUAUUGUGGGGACAGCUGCCAACCUUUUUUAUAAAAGGAGAAUGUGCAGAACUUGAGUCAGAAUGUUUCUAUUUAGAAAAUGCAUGUGAGGAUAAUAAGAUUGAUCAAGCAUGUCAAAAUGCAAGAGCAGCGUGCUAUAAAAAGGGACAAGACAGGAUGUUGAAUAAGUUCUUUCAAAAGGAAUUGAAGGGAAAGCUUGGUUUUGUAAGAUAUAAUAGCGAUCCUAAAGAUUGUAAAAAAUAUGUGGUAGAAAACUGUACAAAACUUAAAGAAGAUAAAAGAUACCUUUCAAAAUGUCUUUAUCCUAAAGAACUAUGUUAUGGGCUUUCAAAUGAUAUUUUUCUUCAAUCCAAAGAGUUAAGUUUGCUUUUAGAUGAUCAGAGAGAUUUUCCAUUUGAAAAGGAUUGUCUUGAAUUGGGAGAGAAGUGUGAUGAACUUGGUAGUGAUUCAUUAUUGAAUUUAGAAAAGUGUAUAACAUUGAAAAGACGCUGUGAAUACUUUAAAGUUACAGAAAGAUUUAGAAAAGUAUUUUUAGAAAAAAAGGAUGAUUCGUUAAUGAUUCAGGAAAACUGUACAAAGGCAUUGCAUGAGAAAUGUGAAGCUUUAUCUAGGAGGAGAAAGAAUUCAUUUAGUGUUUCAUGUGCUUUACCAGAAGAAACAUGUAGUUAUAUGGUAUUCCACACAAGUCAAGAUUGUAGAUAUUUAAAAGAAAACAUCAAGAAUGGAGGAAUUGUAGGAAGAAUUGGAGGAGCAAAUGGAAAUGAAGCAACACUCGAAGAACUCUGCACAACAUGGGGCCGACAUUGUCACCAACUUGUGAAGAAUUGUCCGGAGCAGUUGAAAGAAAAUAACAAAGAUGAGAACUGCGAAGCACUCGAUGAAAAAUGCAGUGAUACCUUUAAAAAGUUAAAAGCGAAGGAUGAUUUAACUCAUCUGUUGAAAGGCAGUUUAAAGGAUGAAAAAAAAUGUACAGAAGCAUUAGGAAAGAAUUGCACUGACUUGCAAAAGAAUGAAACAUUCAAAAUUCUGCUUAGUGAUUGUGAAAAAGAUAAGCAAAAUGUUUGCACAAAAUUAGUUAAAAAAGUACAAGAGAGAUGUCCUACUUUAAAAACCGAACUGAAUAAAGCGAAAGAGGAGUUGACAAAGAUGAAGACUGAGUACGAUGAUCUCAAAAAGGCGGCAGAAGAAUCUACAAAGGCAGCUAGCUUAUUGCUAUCAAGACCUAGACAAACUGUAAUGCCAAAUGCGCAGAAUGGCAGUGCUUCUGAAGAAGUAUCACAACCACCGUCAGCACCAGAAAAAGAGUCAUCACCACCACAAGUACCAGCAGGGUCAUCAUCAUCAGACUCAUCAUCACAAUCACAAGGGUCACCAUCAUCAUCAACUGGUGGAACGCCAAACGCAUCAGAUGGAACGCCAAAUAAAUCAGCUGGAACGACGGGCCCUGCAAAACUUGGACUCGUUAAAAGAGCGUAUGUAGAAGGAGGAGUAUCAGAAGUAGAGGUCAAAGCAUUUGAUGCAACGACGAUAGCAUUGGAGCUGUAUUUGGAAUUGAAAGAGGAAUGCAAUGCUUUAGAACUAGAUUGCGGUUUUAAAGAGGAUUGUGAGGAAUCUAAACCAGCUUGUAAAGAAAUAGACACGUUAUGCAAAGGAAUAAAACCAUUAGAAAUUAAGCCUCAUCAUACAGAGACGCAAAAAGAAAUCUCAACCACUACGACGACCACUACAACGACCACUACAACGACUACGACGACAACUACUACUACAACCAAGCAGGGAAGUGGAGGAAAAGUAACAGAAGAGUGUACAAUGAUACAAACAACAGAUACAUGGGUGACGAGUACGUCAUUGCAUACGAGUACGACAACGAGUACGUCAACGGUGACGUCGACAGUGACGUUGACGUCGAUGCGCAAGUGCAAGCCUACCAAAUGUACUACUGAUUCAAGCAGAGAGACAGAAGAAGGAGGAAAAGAAGAAGAAGAAGUAAAACCGAAUGAUGGGAUGAAAAUAAGAGUCCCUGAUAUGAUUAAAAUAAUAUUGUUGGGAGUGAUUGUUAUGGGGAUGAUGUAA